AUGGUAGCAGAUAGCGUCAUGCUACGAUUGAUUAAGGAAUUCCUCCAAAUCCUCAAAGAUAGUCCGGAGAUCAAAGCUAUCACCGGGUAUGGUCAGGCCCAAUGUGUCAUAGUUGGGGGUGCAGCAGUGCGCUGCUACGUCAGAAACCGUUCCGUUCGGAAUUUUGAAAUGCGGCGAGACCAGUUGGUCUGGCAUACGAUAUAUGACACUAUUCGAAUUGGCAUCCUGCCAACCGAUGAUUUCGCGACGAUUCCGAAAAAUCUGCAACUGCGCGGCAAUUUAGAUCCCGAUGAUCUCCCUGUCAUUCCUCUGACCGAAUUGAUUAUAUUCAAAGCCCAAGCUUGUGGGAACCGGUCAACGGAGCAGAAUGAAAGAGAUGCCACUGAUGUUAUCGAGCUAAUGAAACUGUUCCCCGGUCGAUCAUUCCGACGCCGGCUCAUGGAUCGUCAGUGGGCAUCGCUGCAACUUGUGAAACCCUCCCUUAAAGCAAGCAAGUCAGAUUAUGAUUGGGAUACAGCCUUUUGA